AUGGACGUUAAUCAACUUAUCAGUCAAGCGGAGAACUACUUUCAACAAGGAAGGCACGAAGAGGCUGUGGACUCUUUGACGACAGCUGCAAAGCAGGACCCUAGUCCAAGUCAAAUGUCCUUUAUUGAGGACCUCAUCCAGAAAAUCGGCCAGCAUGUGGUGAACAACGGUGACGGGACAGGUUCUCGUGACAUUGGAAGUAGUUUGUUCAGCACUUUCAUGGGUGGAAGCGGGAACGGUGGCUCUCAGUCUCAACUAGGCAAGCUCGCACUUCUCAGCAAAAUAAUGGGUUCUUCAAACAAGAGCUCUGGCGGUUUUAAUCUAUCCUCUGUUGCUUCUAUGCUUGGUGGCGGUAGUAAGCCUAGUCAUGGGAGUUCGAACUCUGCGGCUGGUGCCUUAGGUGGUGCGGGUUUGGCUGCUCUGGCGGGCCAGUUUUUUGGUAAAUCAAGCGCACAAUCCAAUUCGAACCAAUACCAAAACCAAAACCAAAACCAAAACCAAAAUCAAUACCAAUACCAAAACCAAAACCAAUACCAAAACCAGAACCAAGGUCACAGUAAUUCACAGGGCCAGUCCGGUUUUGGAGGUUUAGCCUCCAUGGCAAGUUCAUUUUUAGGAGGCAAACCAUCUGGACAGUCUCAAAACGCUCAGCAAUAUGGUAGCAACAGUCAAUAUGGUAGCAGCAGCAGUCUCGGACAACCACAAGGCCAUAACCAGCAAGGCAGCGGAAACUACGCUCAAGGAGGUCAAGGUGGCUUCAACCAUGGCGGUCCAGGUGGCUUCAACCAAGGCGGUCAAGGUGGCUUCAACCAAGGCGGUCAAGGUGGCUACAAUCAAGGUGGCCAAGGUGGUUUCAACGAAGGAGCUCAAAGCUACUACAACCAAGGAGGACAAGGUGGCUACAAUUCGGGCCAACAGAACUCUCAAGGACGUUACGAUCAAGGUAACUAUAGCCAAAACUCUAGCAACUACGAUCAGUCACGUCCUAACCAAGGUAACCACUCCAAUCAAAGACCCAAUCAAGGACCAAACCAAGGAAACCAAGGAAAUCAGAGCUUUAACUUUGCCGGGAACUUUAUGCCAGGUGGGAACUAG